AUGCCCUCGAUCCAGUUGCACCCGCACCCCUCGGGACCCGCCACAAGUGCUACGGCCACAGCCCCGUCCUAUCCGAUCAACAACCCACUCCCCCAACUUCUCCGCACACCCUCCGGUCUCGCUCUUCUUGAGCUACAGGGUACAAUUAACGUGCCAACCUCGGACAAUGAGCAAGCCGAGUAUGCCAACGAAUUUGAUGCCGAAAAAUCUGUCUCCUACGAAACUCCGAUCGGAAAGCUCAUGUUCCCAGACUACUCGCCCCAGAAUCCCGAUGACACCAAGUGGAUGAAACGGGCAUACCUGUACGUCGGGCGGUACCAGCGCAUGACUGGAGAGGUGAAGAAGCUUCCGCGGCCGAUCGCGGUGCUGCAGAAGCGAGCUGAGAGUGCUGGGGUGGAGGAGCUGGAGGUGGUGGAGAUCGUGCGGUACAAAGUGUUUUUCAAGAAUCGCCCAGAGCCAGUGAAUGAUGUUUGA